GAUGCUGCCGAGAGUUUUGAGAGCUUGUGGCACUGCGGUGCCAAAGGUCACAGGCUUCAAACAACAAGCUCUGCGUCCACUUCUUUGUCCAGUGCAGCAGAGGUGCUUCUCGCUGUCUUCCGCAGCCAAAGUGGCCAAAGAUCUCCAAGCAGAGAUUGGGCACGAGGAGGAGCAGUAUCAGCAAGCCAAGGAGAUCAAAAAGUUCCUCGAUUCCUCCAGCUUCAAGUUCAAGGAGAAAGAGGGCGAUGUGAACAUGCAUUUGGAACGGGAAGUCGGAGACAAGCUGGUGAAAGUUGAAUGGCAACUGACCAGCCCUUUUGACCCUACUGCUGAUGUGGAGGGUGAUCAAGAGGGUGGUGAGGAAUACGAAGCCACCGACUUCUGCAUCACCAUUGAAAGCAAGAGUGGUGCUGGUGUGUCCUUCUAUUGCAGCACACAGACUGGAGAGGACCACCGAUAUGUGAUUGGAAAUGUGAAGUCCUUUGCAACCACAGAGGAGAAGGAAAGUGUGAGCUCUUACAACGGUCCAGAAUUUGAGGAUGUCGACGAAAAACUGCAGGAAAGCUUCGAUGAAGUACUGGCAGAGGUUGGUGUCAAUACGGAAUUGUGCGAUUUCAUCGACGCCAUGGCAUUGGACAAGGAGCAGCGAGAAUACAUCCGAGACUCGCGUGAAAACGAAAUCCUUCAUGGAGUGAGAUGCAACCGUUGCUUCCCACGGCAGAGUAGAUGGGAGCAUCUGCCAGUGGGUACUUUGGACCAUCCGAAUGUUCCAGAGCGAUUCAGAAAACUGGCGCCAGUAUUCACAAAUCAGGAUGCUGCAGAGAGUUUUGAGAGCUUGUGGCACUGCGGUGCCAAAGGUCACAGGCCGGCCAAAGAUCUUCAAGCAGAGAUUGGGCACGAGGAGGAGCAGUAUCAGCAGGCCAAGGAGAUCAAGAAGUUCCUGGAUUCCUCCAACUUCAAGUUUGUUGAGACAGAGGGCGAUGUGAACAUGCAUUUGGAACGGGAAGUGGGAGACAAGUUGGUGAAAGUUGAAUGGCAACUGACCAGCCCUUUUGACCCUACUGCUGAUGUGGAGGGUGAUCAAGAGGGUGGUGAGGAAUACGAAGCCACCGACUUCUGCAUCACCCUUGAAAGCAAGAGUGGUGCUGGUGUGUCCUUCUAUUGCAGCACACAGACUGGUGAGGACCACCGAUAUGUGAUCGGCAACGUGAAAUCCUUUGCCACCGUUGAGGAGAAAGAAAGUGUGAGCUCUUACAAUGGUCCAGAAUUUGAGGACAUCGAUGAAAAGUUGCAGGGAAGCUUCGACGAACUACUAGCAGAGGUGGGCGUCAACGCAGAACUCUGCGAUUUCAUCGAUGCUAUGGCGUUGGAUAAGGAGCAACGGGAAUAUCUCCGUUGGCUUCGCAAUGUGAAAGACAUCAUGGAGAAGUGA